GGGGGCGCCGGACGGAUCUGGAUAACCUAGCCCGGCUCUGCGCUAGCCGGACGCCAGGACCCCUUUUAUGAAGUCGCCCUUGGGAAGUCAGCGAUGAUGGUGUGGCUUUCUGGAUUUUUUUAUAGGGGGAUUCAUCCCAAGAAGGGGGGCCGUGGCCUUGGAACGUGCACAGAACUACUUGGGGGCAGGUCGUGAUGGUUGAUGUUUGAUGACCAGGCCUCAAGGGAUCAGAAGCUCACAGGCUGAUCUCAUGGGACACUGGGCAGGCUAUGCACAAGAAGCAAUCCAGUCUUUCAAGUGCUGCCCGUAGCACCGCCUCUCAGCAGAUGACUCCGUGUCGCUUCCAUUAUUGUUCGAAUCUCCGGCAGCCUGAACUCCGCUACCAGGACGUUACGGUGAAACGACAUUUGUAAAGUAAGCGUUCGCCUUCGCCCGAGGGUCUCUGAGCGCGGAACGAGGCGCUGACUGCAAACGGCUUGGAGCAAGAAGACGUCGGCGACCCGUCGCCCGGCCCGCGGCCGGCCCUGCUCGCUCUGCUUCCUUCGGGGUCCGCCGCCCCGACCGCCCGACCGCGCGGGGCUCAGCGAGCCGGCUCCGGCUCUGCCCCCGCCCCCGCCCCGCGGUCCAGCUCCGCCGCCGGCUGCGCGGCGCCGCCGGCGCGUUCUCGGUCUCGUCUGACGGCUCUACCCGACCUUCCCCCGCGCUGCCGGCGAGCGGGGAGCGCUGGCGGCGGCUGACUCCCGGGUGCGCCUCGCUCCCCGGGGGCCGGUGCCGCGCUGGGCGGCUGCCGCGCGCCGACAGCGAGGUGCUGCCGCCCCGCCCCGCCGCGUCCUUCACUGUGCCCGCAGAGGGCCUCGGCAACCGGGAGCAUGUCUGCUGUGCGCAGGAAGCUUGGGGAUGAGUACCAGGCGGUGGGCCCAGCUCGCGGUGGCACCCGCAGAGAGCGGCAGCGCUUUGUGGACAAAAACGGGCGCUGCAAUGUGCAACACGGGAACCUGGGUGGUGAGAGCAGCCGCUACCUCUCUGACCUCUUCACCACGCUGGUGGACCUCAAGUGGCGCUGGAACCUGCUCAUCUUCUUGCUGACCUACACAGUCGCCUGGCUGGUCAUGGCCUCGAUGUGGUGGGGCAUUGCCUACCUGCGAGGCGACCUGCACCGGGCGCAUGAUGACACCUACAGUCCAUGUGUGGCCAAUGUGUACAACUUUCCCUCCGCCUUCCUCUUCUUCAUAGAGACCGAGGCCACCAUCGGAUAUGGGCACCGCUACAUUACCGAGCGCUGCCCUGAGGGCAUUGUGCUCUUCCUCUUCCAGUCGCUGCUGGGCUCCGUCGUCGAUGCGUUUCUCAUUGGCUGCAUGUUCAUCAAGAUGUCCCAGCCCAAGAAGCGAGCUGAGACCCUCAUGUUCAGCCAUGCCGCAGUCGUCUCGCAGCGGGAUGGCAAGCUCUGCCUUAUGUUCCGUGUUGGCAACCUCCGCAACAGCCACAUGGUGUCUGCUCAGAUCCGCUGCAAGCUGAUCAAGUCCCGACAGACACCGGAGGGAGAAUUUCUGCCGCUAGACCAGUGCGAACUGGAUGUUGGAUUUGGAACUGGAGCUGACCAGCUGUUUUUAGUUUCCCCAUUAACCAUCUGUCAUGAAAUUAACUCGAAGAGCCCCUUUUUUUGUCUCUCACAAAGAUCACUAAGAAGUGAGCAAUUUGAAAUCGUUGUCAUCCUAGAAGGAAUCGUUGAGACUACUGGAAUGACGUGUCAAGCUAGGACUUCAUAUACAGAAGAUGAAGUUCUUUGGGGUCACAGAUUCCUCCCGGUAAUGUCCCUAGAAGAUGGCUUUUUCCGUGUUGAUUAUUCUCAGUUUCAUGCUACCUUUGAAGUCCCCACUCCUCCUUACAGUGUUAAAGAGCAAGAAGAAAACCCGUCCCUAUCAUCUCCUUUGAAUAGUCCUGGCGAUAAUAGCAAAACCAGAAGAGAACAGGUUUGUUCACUUGACUGCAUUGAUACUGCAGGAGAGCAAAACAAGCUCCCUUUUAAACUUCAGAAGAUUAGCUCGAGAAAGGAAGACCUUCCAAGAAGAGCCCUGAGAAUGAGUUCCAGUAACACAGAGAAGACUCGCAGUACUGGAGAUCUCUUGAAAAUUCAAGAAAUACGACCCAUCUCUAACAGUGAAGACAGUGAUGAUAGGAUACAGCUGAAAGCCUUAAAAAUAAAUGCCGAGGCUUUGACUCAGUCUACCGGCAAUCUACAGAAGAACCCUCAAAGUAUGUGCACUCUAGAGCUGAAAUUAGAAGAUAAUUUCUCUGCCAAACUUUGAAAAAUGAAAUCUGAUUGCCUCUCUUAAGAGCAGAAGCAAAAGGAGUAGUUGCUGAUAAACUGCAUUCGAGACUGCUGACCUGAAAGAGUCUUACAGUAAGUCUUACGGUAAAGUCAUAAUUUGGUUUUGCCAUUUUGAGGAAGAACGAUCCUUUUUGUAUAAUUGUUCUGUACAGAUCCAACUUGGGUACCAUAAUAGGACUUUGAGGGGCAGUAAGGUUAGACUGUUGUGCCAAAGAGAUCGCUGCCCUAACGAUGUUUAUCGGCAUACUCGUUGCAAAUCUACAUUGUCUUCCAUGUAUGGAUAUGCUUUUUCACAAAGCAGGGACCAGAUCCUUAGUUGAAGAGUGAAAUGUUAAUAGAUCAAGGCAAAAGUGGUGUAAAACCAGCUGAAACACCAUUCUGUGUAGCUCAGAUCUUGCACUGUUCCUGAUAUAUAGAACAGCAGAACACAGGAAGGAUCUGUGAUGCUGCUUGGUCGUAGUCCAGUUCUCUCUCAGUGAGCCUGGUGGAAAGUGGCCUUCAUGUGCAGCCUAGUGGCAUGCAUCAUUUUUCCUCAGUGAUUGCGGAAUGCCAGCUCCUUAGCCCCAAAAUCUUGUUCAUUGUCAUUUGGGUAAAGGAAGCGGUUUGUUAUAGCCAUUUGUGUCGUUUGAUUCGCACGAGCUCUCGGAAACAUCAGGAUCAUUUAUCCUGUCCAAAAUUGGACCCCAGCAUUCGAUAGAGUGGAUCACAUGUUGAAUUUUAGCGACCGUAUCACCGCUUGCCAUGAAGAGAACUCGAGGUCGGUAGCUCAACGUAAUGGUAUGUCUCGUACCUCAUAGUUACAAAAUUUUAGUUUGGAGACUCCUUGUAAAUAAAUAAAAGCAAAGCACUAGAUAGUGCUCAGUCAAUACAGGAACGGACAACAGUAUGUACACAUCUCAGAGUUUUACUAAUGAAUGGUAGGGUCUUUGAUGUUGCCUUUUUGUUGUUGUUGUCGUUGUUGUUACAUUUGCCUUCUCCUUUUAUGUAUGGUUCUCAAUAAUUCUAUAGAUUUGACAUUUACAAUAGUAUGCAAUUUAUUGCAGGGUAGAACUCUGUUUUAACAUAAAUAUAUUAAGAUACUGAAAGAAAAGGUAGCACAGGUCUGUAGCAUGUUAAGUGUGCAGCUGAGAGGGCUUUCAUGUUUUUGAGCAUAAUGAAGCAUUCCUCAAACUGCUUCUGCUAAUAAUGGUGAUUCAGUUGUUGAAUGAAUAUUUUAGAAGAUCAUCCCUGAAAUGUGGCAACCUUACCUGUAGAAGUGACCCAAAAGAUGGUGAAUAUUUACACAGAGGUGUUUGUCUUUUGGUAUUCAGUAUCUCUUUAAAGUGUUAUACAGCUUUUUUUAAGUGACUGGCCUUGAACAAGAGGGAAGUACGCUUUUCUGUUUUUAAAACAAAUCUUGCAUAACGGAAGCUACUGUUUGCCUUAUUGAUCACUGGGAAAUGGUGAGAGCUAGACUUUGACUUUCAUAGAUUUCCUGGGGUUCUACACUUCAGAAUAAUUUGAUUGCUCUUCAGCUAUUCUGCUGUCCAUCUCAAUCUGUGAAAGAGAUCUUUUUUUUCCGGUUGGUGGUAAGCAAGCAUAAUCAGAACUUGCUAUUUUGUAAAAUGCAGCGUUUGGUAGCUCAGCGGAUAGGAUGCUUAUCACUAGCAGAGCACUCCUGUUAUUGUGGACAGAAUUCAGUCAAAUUUAAAAGGGGUUGCUGUGGCCAUAUCAAUUGGAAACGCAUGCCUCGACGGCUAGAAAAGAGAGGUAGAGUGAUAUAUCCAAGCCAGGGAUGGCUCUGCUUGCAUAAAUCACUACUUCUUGCUUUUGAUCUCCUGCCUACAGUGUGAGACUGGAAAAUGGUAUUUUUCACAGGGGUGGGAUUUGCUUGUUGUUGUUCAUGUUUGUUUUCAACACAAAUUUCAACUUUACAUAUGUGCUGAAAUCUGUAUUUUCAUUUAUUAAAUGUGUUAGUAUGGUAUAUUUAGAUGGCAGCGUGAAGUGUUGAUGGAUGAUGACUCUCCCCACUCAUCAGAAUAGUCAAAAUUAGUAUAAAAUACAAUUACAUCCACCUUGAGUCUCAAGCAUUCUUGCGAGUCAGUCAGCUCAGAGUGCAUUUCUAAUAGACACAGAAACAAUGAGUGAAAGUACUCUUUAUCUGCAAUUCCAGAUAGUUAUGUGAAAGGCUGUUCUGCACAUGUUAUGCAAUUGUCAGAUAUGUAAGGCAGUAGUAUUGUGCUGUGCAUUCUGGAGGAUGGUCCUAAGCUAUUUUCAGUUUUCCCAGUUCUGGGCUGCUCCUAUAGCUGCAGAGUAGAUUUAGUUGUGACCUCCCGAGACUUUCCUGUAGACUGGUCUCAGUGUUAAGCAGAAUCUUCACGCUCUAAAUGUAUAAUGUGGGAGCUUGCAAGCCAUAUGGUGGUUUUCUGCGAUGCCUGCUGUGACAAAAAUAAUUGUCAAAGUACUUCUGGGAACCCUACGGUGACUCUGUUCCUACUGUGUGAAGCAGAAAGAUGUGAGACUGAGGGCUCCAGUGCACAUCUCUCCUAACACUAUUACUGUUACUCUUACUCCUCGAGGAGUGUAUUUGCUCUGAAAGAGAGUGAGGAUGAAGGAGUUGGAAAGCAAACUCUUACAAGCAAAAUGACACAACAGGGUGCCCAGAAAUACAGGAGAGCAAGGAGGAAGAAUGUAGCCAGCUUUAUGUGGCCCCAGGAGGAUGCCGAGGGGGCCCCAGCAACUGCAGAGCUUCGUGUGACCGAGGGGUUGCUGGUACCACCACCAGGAAGCCAGGUCAUGGGGUGGGACGGGCCCUGAACUGGAAACUGGGUGGGAGAGAACUAUCCCCCAGCUCUAGGAUCACGCAGGAUGAAAAGAGCAGGAGCAGGGAGCAGUGCGUGUCCUUGCUUUCUCAGCGGGUGUCCCAGCUCUGAGCCUGCUCUGUGGCUACAAAUGUGACCCUGUAGCCGGGGGCUCCGGUGGAACAUGCCUCGCCAGCAUAGCAAGCAUCAGGGGGAUGCUUACCUCUGCGGGGGUGGCUGUGUGUUGGGGCCACCCGCCAGCUGCCAGCUGACGUUCAGUGCAGGGCAAUGCAGGCGGUCAAGAUCACCACAAAAACUUUCCCCUGUGCCACCCAGCGUUCGGUUCUGUGCUCUAAUCUGAGGUCUCAGUAAGACACUGUACAAGCAUGACGCACUGUGCCAGAUCAGUGAGGUGGCAGGGAGCCAAGAAGUGUGAAAUACACUUUCAGGCUCAGAGCAUGAGACAGAAGCACGGACAGGUGUCACCAGUGGUUUUCCUCUCAAAUACCAGAAGUGAAUUCCAUGCCUGAAGAAAAAGCUCAACGGAAGCUGACAGCUGCAUGCUGACUUGCCACAUCGACAGCAAUGGCAGGAGCUGACCCUUCCUCUCCGGAGUGAUGAACACCAGUCCAGGAGCAACUGUUCAGGUUUCACAGGAGGGGAAAGUAUAAUGGCACAAAGCCCUGUGGAAGUCUCAAUCCCAGGUGUUGUUUAUGUGUAAUAAUUAAUAAAUGAUUGGUUUACUCUUUGUA